AUAUACAUACUGAUCCACUUCUUAUCCACUCGGGCAUCUUCAACAGUUGUAUAGUUGGUGGAAAAGAAGCAUGGAUGCCUUCUUACCCUAUGCAAUUCCUCUACUUUUCUUCUUCUUCCUCUGUCGACUCUCUAUCUCAUCUCAUUUAUGCGUAAAAAGGGCUCCGGCAACAAGAAGCUACCGCCGGGCACGAGGGGCUGGCCGGUGUUGGGAGAAAACAUGGAGUUGGCCCUGUUAGGCCAGCAGAAAUUCGUCAAGAAUAGGAUGGAAAAAUACUCACCGGAUGUGUUCCAAACCUCUUUGUUCGGAGAGAGAAUGGCAGUAUUCUGCGGUGCGCAAGGAAACAAGUUCCUUUUCACGAAUGACAACAAACUUCUUACCUCCUGGUCCCCAAAAACAAUGACGAAGGCCUUUUUUUCACAGAAUUCGUGGAUAGUAGUAACUUGAAACAAGUUACGGCCGUCAGACGUAGUUUUCAGUACGACAUUCUCAAGCCCGAAUCCCUGAAACAGUACAUACCGGUUAUGGAUGCUCUGGCUCGUGAGCAUAUGGAUCGUGAAUGGACCCCAAAUGCGCUAGUGAAUGUUGUCCCCUUGUCAAAGAAAUACACCUUUGAUCUGGCAUGCAAAUUGUUUCUGGAUGUGGUGGAUGUGGAGGACAUAAAGAGGUUAUCUGAUCCCUUUUCUCUUGCGACGCAAGGAAUGUUGGGUGUGCCUAUAAACUUGCCAGGCAUGGCUUACAAUCGUGCCAUCAGAGGUGGUAAAAUGAUCCGCAAAGAGCUGAUAAGGAUCAUCAACGAGAGGAGGAAGAAGCUGUUGGAGAAGAAGGAGACCAGGCAUCAAGAUUUACUAUCAAAGAUGCUACUUGUGACAGAUGAAAACGGCCAGUUUUAUAGUGAAAUGGAGAUUUCUAACAACAUUGUUGGCUUUCUAGUGGCUAGCUUCGACGCCACAAGCUCAGCAGUCAGUUCUGUCAUAAAUUACCUUGCACACCUUCCUCACAUAUAUGAACAAGUUUUGAAAGAACAAAUGGAGAUUGCAAAAUCAAAAGGGCCUGAUGAGCUAUUGACAUGGGAAGAUAUACAGAAAAUGAAGUACUCCUGGAACGUUGCACGUGAAUCGCUCAGGUUAGGGCCUUCUUCACAAGGAGGUUUCAGAGAGACCACAACAGAGUUCACCUAUGCUGGUUUCACCAUCCCUAAGGGAUGGAAGACGCAUUGGACAGUCCAUUCAUCGCACAGGAAUCCUGAAUACUUCCCAGAACCGGAAAAGUUUGAUCCAUCUAGAUUUGAUGGAAGUGGACCACCUCCUUACACGUUCGUGCCGUUUGGUGGAGGCCCCAGAAUGUGCCCCGGAAGAGAGUAUGCUAAGCUUGAAAUUCUGGUUUUCAUGCACAAUGUGGUGAGGAGGUUCAAACUUGAAAAGGCAAUCCCAAAUGAGCCAGUAGACGGACUUGCAGUCCGCCUCCAGCCUCAUGAAAACUAAGGUUGUUCCCAUAAAUGCAACAUUUCUUUCCAGCUAUUUGCUCAAUAAUAUGUAAUAUGUAUGAGAUUAAAAUCGAAGAAUAAAUCUAGUUUUUACAAGUUUGAGAAUUUGUUGAAAUUUGUUUUAUAUUGAGAACGGGUGUCUUGUAGAAAUUCCAUAAUCUUUUUUUCUUUUUUGGCCAUUAGAUUAGAGUAGAAAGGGAACCCCGUGAAAUUUGAAUAUGAGUUUUAAUUUUGUGAA